UCAUGCAAACAUAGUCAAAAAUAUAAUAAUUUAACGUGUGUACUGCACUGAAACAGCCACAAAUAUCCACUGGUUAUAAUAGUCCUGAAUAUAUAGUAGCUCCUCGCCGUGCGUCCGUGCGUCGCUUUUUCUAUUCACGGCUUUUCUCUUCAAAAACUCUCUUAAUUGUGCAUAGAAACAGAAACGUUGCUUUUAAACGUCCAUCCCUGCACUUGUUUCUAAAGCGCCCGACGCGGUUAAGGUUACUGUUAAUGCGCCCCUCGUUCCUCCUCUUCACUCUCUUAAAAAACUCUUCAGGUUUUUCCAACUGAGCGACUCAGGCUGAGGCGGGCGCAACCGCACUAGAGGCGGGAAGUCAAGUCGUGCAGGACUGGCGCGGUAUCCUCGCACGGUUCACAACUCAGAGAAGACCCGACUCGCGCUCAGCCAUGCUUUUAAAUGAUGGUGGAACAUGCUGAUUGUAAAAGUUGACCAGGGAUUUCUAGUUGUGGGGUGUUUGCGAGGCAUGGCUUUCGUUUUAACUUGCUUAUUCCUGUCAUGUUAUAGUGUCAGCAGCGCUUGGGGACACAGUGAUACCAGUAUCUACUUGGAUAACAUCACGCGUAUAUUGGAUAGAUUACUGGAUGGCUAUGACAACAGGCUGCGACCUGGAUUUGGAGGUCCAGUUACAGAGGUCAAAACUGACAUCUUUGUCACCAGCUUUGGACCCGUUUCAGAUGUCGAGAUGGAAUACACCAUGGACGUGUUCUUUCGUCAGACAUGGAUUGACGAACGGUUAAAAUUCGAGGGCCCCAUCGAGAUCCUGCGGCUCAACAACCUGAUGGUCAGCAAGAUCUGGACGCCUGACACUUUUUUCCGGAAUGGCAAGAGGUCGAUCUCUCACAACAUGACCACCCCCAACAAGCUGUUUCGCAUCAUGCAAAACGGAACCAUCCUCUACACCAUGAGAUUAACUAUAAAUGCAGAGUGUCCCAUGCGUCUGAUGAACUUCCCGAUGGAUGGCCAUGCCUGCCCGCUCAAGUUUGGGAGUUAUGCAUACCCCAUGAGCGAGAUCGUGUACACGUGGAAGAAAGGACCUCUCUCUUCCGUCGAGGUGCCACAGGAAUCCUCCAGUCUGCUGCAGUAUGACCUGAUCGGUCAAACGGUGUCAAGCGAGAGACUGCAAUCCAAUACAGGUGAAUAUGUGAUCAUGACCGUCCACUUCCACCUACAAAGGAAAAUGGGCUUCUUCCUGAUCCAGACGUACAUUCCCUGCAUAAUGACCGUCAUCCUGGCCCAAGUCUCUUUCUGGAUUAAUAAGGAAUCAGUUCCAGCUCGGACUGUGUUUGGUAUCACCACUGUCUUGACCAUGACGACACUCAGCAUCAGCGCCCGCCACUCCCUGCCCAAAGUCUCGUACGCCACAGCCAUGGAUUGGUUCAUCGCCGUUUGCUUCGCCUUCGUCUUCUCCGCCCUGAUUGAGUUUGCAGCCGUCAACUAUUUCUCCACCCUCCAGGCCAACAGGGAGCUGCGGAAGGCGGUGGCAAUGAAGGCGGCGGCUCAGGAGGCGGCUGCAGCGGCGGCUGCAGGAGCACCCCCACCUGCAGCCACGGGGACCGAUGGCGAGGUUUCCUCUAUGGAUGCCACUAGUGUGCUGAAGAAGAGGAUGAACUCUGCGCCGGUGUUUGACCGUCCUGCCAAAACAUUCCCCAACCCACCUGUCAAUGCCCAAGCCUUCCUGCAGCAGGGUUCAGCUGUACCGGCCAACAAUGUUCUGACCGGCACAAGCAUCAUCGACAAAUACUCCCGCAUUCUCUUUCCCCUUUCAUUUGGCGCCUUCAACCUGGUCUACUGGAUCGUCUAUCUCACUAAGGACACCAUGGAGAUGUCCAGAGAUACCGUCUAAACCACGAGUUCAUCGCCCCCAUCUGAGGACACUGCAUUCAUUUCAUUUGGACAGCCUAAACCUUAACCAUAAACGGUUAAUGUCUAACACUAAACAUAAUCCACAUCUGAACCCUAACCUUGAACUAUUUUCCUCAGAAAUGAGGUUCUGCCAUGUGGAAAAAGUCAGUGUUUAUACCAGAGAGGUCCUAGUACACACACACACACACACACACACACAAUAGAUAACACUUUCCAAGCACUCUUUUAUGACGCCUCAGUGCAUUGUAUUUAUUUUUACAUGCUCCCUUGAAAAGUGGUUUGAGAGCAGAUGUAUCAGCUUCUUUUUGCCAACUUGACCCAGGAGCUCACAGCCUGUGGGAACCAGGCUCUGGAACCAUUUCAGACAGGUACUCCACGUCAUGUCCCCCCUCUCUCAUUCCUGCCCAUAUUUUGUGGCACUUUCUCAGUGUCAAUCCUGCACAAUGCCUGAAUGGAUGAGAUAAGUAACUAUUACAUUAAGCAAGCCAGGCUGCACAACUUAUUUCUGUGUGUUUUUUCUUUCUGUACGUGUACAACAAACAUGGAAAUUCUAGUGUCUUAACAUCGCCGAUGUUAAGCUACAGUUUUGAAGGUUGUUUUUAUACAUAUGGCAAAUGGACUGGCUUGGUUUUUACGUGUGAACAAAUCUGCAAAUCCAACAAUCACAAUGUUUUACAGCCCAAAGCUAUGAUCCAUUUAGGAAAAUAUCAAGCAUUUCCUCACAGGAACAAGGAAAAAGAAGUUAACAUACAGUAUGUUUAACAUAAGUCGUAGAGGAUUGAGCUGCCAAUUGAAUAACAUAAAUGACACAUCAAUGAAUGUAAUCACAUGUAUUUAACAAAAAAAAAACGUUGACUUGAAAAGGGGCAGAAAGAAAGACUACUGCUCAUACAUUGUAUAGAAUAGCGACAGACUAUACAGUCUUCAUGUAUCCUGGCAACAACUUGCCUUUAUAAGCUAAUAUCAUUCUCGUUUUCUUAUUGUAUCUAAAAAUAGAUUUGCUAAACCUAUCAUCAUCAAUUAUACUAAACGGCACAACACAUUCAUUACUAAUCCACUUGGGUGGAUUUACAUAUGAUUAUGAACUGUUUCCAAUUAAGCAGAGAGGGCAACAUGUUACAGUCAUGCGGUGUUGAAAUAUAAGCCGGCGCGUGUGUUUGCUUCCUCGUGACAUCCAUCAUCCGCGACGAUGCUCUCAUUAAAGCUGUCUCUUAUUAACAGAGGAGCACAUUUGGAAGUCUGUGCAGUGUGCCCAAAGAUUACAGUAGUUUUACAGUAGGUGCAUUUUCUGUUUCUUUCUUCUCUCUUUUUUCUUCUUCCUCCCUUUUUCACAUUGAUAUUGUGAUGUAAGUCAUCACUUAAACUGUCGGAGUGUCUCUGUCUUCUUCUCCAGUCAUGCAAAUACGGAGAUACACUAUAUACAAGGUAAUGUAAAUGGUUGUCGAGAUUGUAAUACUCUGUUAUGAUUUAUUAAUUCCACUUGCAAAGGAAAUCCCUUUGAUUUGUGAUAUUAUUAUUAAUAUUAUUAUAUUUUUUAUCUUGAGACUAAACAUAAUUAUGCAAUGAUAAAAAAAAAAAUGCAAUAUAUUAUAGACACCGGUUGGGAUCCAUCGGGAAAGUCCAUCGCCACAAAUGAACUCCAUUUUUUUAAGUUCUGUAAAAAGUCAGAUUUCAACUAAUGCCAAGGAUUUUAAAAACUGUUUCUUUCUAUGACAUGAGUGCAUGGCAGCUAUUCACUAAGUUUAAGGUAUGGGCACUAAAGGUCUUAACUAAGGGGAAAAUCAUGGUCACAGUUGAAACAACAAAAAUGUGGGUUUGACUUUGUAAAGUCAGUAAUGAAAUAAUAUGUGGACAGCAAUUAAUGUGUUUAUUUCAAGGCUUGUGUUGCAUGUUUUUCUUUUAUGUAGAGGCUACACCAGUGGACUGAAACAACAGUGGUGUGGCUGUAUGAACUGUCUGCGUGUUCCCUGUAUUUCUCUGCUUCUGCAUUCAUCACCCUGUUCUCUCCUCUGUCUGAGCGGCAGAAGAGACGGGACAUCUCGGCUCUUAUCGCCCCGUGUGUCAGCAUCUGCUGUGAAAAACGCCAGUGAACUCAGAACUUCCACAGAACUGCCAGCUCAACCGCGACGCAGGAAGCAGAGGACCUCCCACCUACGUCGCUUCUGCAGAAUAAACUUUGGUUGAACAGUGAAACGGGAGUCUGCUACAUAUAAAGUGUGCUUUUUGUAUGAUUGACCAUGUUUGCUUUUAUCACUGAAGGAUUUGAUCCGCCCUCUGACCCCCAGCUGCUCAGCUCCAUCUCUCCACUGGGAAAACCACACUUGCAUGGCCUCCGACCCUUUUUCUGCUUGUUAGGGUUGCUGAAUGUAGAAGGUUUUGAACUCCAUAGAAUACAGAAUUCUAUUGCUAUGGUGACUGUGGCCAUAAACUGCUCUUUAGCCAUUUGAUAUCAUGUCAUUCCACAGGCAUGAGUGUUAUUGAUUCUUUCAUUUAGCAAGUGUUCUUUCUUUCUUUUUUUUUCAUUUCAGCACUGUCUCUAGCCUUUAGAAUUUAGAAGACAAUGAAUGCUUAACAUUGUUAUUUUAUGUGUAUAUUUUGUGUAUUUGAAGUAUUUCUGUAGAUUGCUAUUUGUAUUCCAGCUGUAUAACACUGCUUUAUGAUCAGCUGCACAAUGUUUGUAUUUAGGGAGUGUAGUUCCUCCACAUUGUGGUCAGUGAUUGUCAUGGAGACAGCCUGCUACAUUGGAAAAUUAAACAAUAUUUGCAUUUUCAGGUGUUUUGUGAUAUAUCCUGGAAAAUAAAAUAUAAUUCUGUAAUUCUGAAUUAACUUUCCCCAUAGAAGUGUAUGUUACUGUACUCAAUAAAGCAAAAUGUGUAUUUUUCUGUUCCAGGUCUUUUUGUUGAAAACCAUCACUGUCCAAUGAGAGACAUUGUUUGUUUUUUUUAAUUAACAAUUGGGGCUUUGCUCAAUGUGGGAUUUUGAAAAUGUUUGUUGUACUAUUGUGAAUAUGCAGUCUGAGGUAAACACGAUUGCUGCUGCCUGAAGCUCA